UCAUCUCCACAGCCAUGGCCCCAAGUUCCUGACCCUAAUAACCGUGAAGCAAGGCAGCAGCGUUUUGCUCACUUUACAGAACUUGCAAUUAUCUCAGUGCAAGAGAUUGUGGACUUUGCCAAGCAACUACCUGGCUUCCGGGAGCUCACCAGGGAAGAUCAGAUUGCUUUACUGAAGACAUCUACCAUAGAGGUGAUGUUGUUGGAGACAUCUCGGCGCUACAAUCCAGAGAUUGAGAGCAUCACUUUUCUGAAAGACCUGAGCUAUAAUCGGGAUGACUUCGCCAAAGCAGGUCUGCAGUUUGAGUUCAUUAACCCCAUCUUUGAGUUCUCAAAGGGGAUGAAUGAGCUACAACUCAAUGAUGCUGAAUAUGCACUUUUAAUCGCCAUCAACAUUUUCUCUGCAGACCGACCGAAUGUGCAGGACCAGUCCCUGGUGGAGAGACUACAGCACACCUAUGUGGAAGCCCUUCAUUCUUACAUUUGCAUCAACAGACCAAAUGAUCACCUGAUGUUUCCACGGAUGUUAAUGAAGCUGGUCAGUCUUCGGACACUAAGUAGUGUUCACUCUGAACAGGGGUGGAAGAGAAGAGAGAAAGGUGAGGACUGGUACCUAGGCAAGGUAGAUGUGGUGGAAGGAUCUCCAAAACUUGCAAGAAUUUGGAGCAUAUGGCAUGUGUUCCAAGGUGAGUGUGAAGAUGUAUUGGCCAAGGAGAGAGGACACACUGCACUUAGUGAAAUAUGUGGGCACUGCACAAGUGUGGGCUGCAGGAAUAUUGAGUGUUACUUCAUCUGCUUGCAUCUUCUUCCUCAUGCCAAAGUCUUUCCAAGGUACUUUCUCGAGGUUCCAGUGGUUGUGAUGGGAUGUGGAGGUCCCUGCUGUACGAGGAGUGCCAACUGCUUUAGAAGGACACUUGGGUCCUGUAUCCUUCCUUCACGUUGGGCGCAGUGAGAGCCACGCCGGAUUUAUGCCCCGCAUUCUUAAGUAUCCACAUCCAUAAGUAUUCUGGGACUUAAAGCAAUACGUUGUCUGACAAGAGAAGCAUACAGUUCCGAAAUAUGUUCCUUAUUUUCCAAGAAACAAGUAACAUCUUUAUGGCUGACCUCAGAGAUGUAACCUGAAGUAUCCUGGUAGUUUGGUCUCAUGAGUCUUCUCUGUCAUAGGGGUCUGUUUGCUUGCCUGGUGAGCAUCCCGAGAGCCUACGUUCACAUGGCUCGUGUUGGUUUUUUUGUUGGUUUGUUUUUUGUUUUUUUUUGGCUGUGUAUCUGAGCGCUAUGCCCGUGGUGAGGGUAUUGUGUCCAUUUUGCACUUGAGGUUGGUCCCUUGCCACUGGCCUUCACUCUGCACCUUUGUAAAGCACUUGUAACAAUCCGUAAAAUAAUCUGUUGUUUUUUAUAACUCAUUGCAAUUGCAAAUGACAAAAAAAAAAAAAAUCUUGUUUAAAUCUGUAUUUUUAACUAAUCUGUUUGAGAAAUGUUAAUGUUUAUAUAAAAGAAUAAAGCCUAAUACAGGA